AUGAAAUCUGGGUCAUCAGCACAAAAAUUAAUUGAAGGUUUCCCACCAUCAAAAGAAAAUUAUGCGAAAGCUAUAGAGCUUUUAAAAUCCAGAUAUGGGAAGGAAGAAUUUUUAAUAGAAUUCUAUGUUCGUGAAUUAUUGCCUCUAGGUCUAUUAAAAGAGGAAAAUAUUCCAAUUUCGCAACUGUAUGACAAACUAGAAACACAGUUACGUGCUUUAGAAUCUUUAGGCGUAACUAAAGAAAAAUAUGCAGCGAUGCUUUUCCCGUUAGUUGAGUUAGCUAUUCCAGAAAACAUUUUUAAGAUCUGGGAAAGACACCGGGUAACUAAAAAGGCUUCGACUAAAAUUCCUUAUGAUUGUUUAUGCGAGUUAUUGGAAUUUUUAAAAAUAGAAGUAGAAGGUGAGAAAAGAUUAAAACUUAGAAAUGAUUCUUUUAAUGAUGAAAGAAAAUUUCCUUUUAAUGGCAAAACAAAAGGUAAUUCGAGAAUUAACAGCAGAAAUAAAGAUAUUCCUACGGCUGCUGCCUUAGUUUCAACAGAGAAUUCUCGAAUUAAAGAAAGAGUUUGCAUUUUUUGUGAUAGAAAAAGUCAUAAUUCCCAAGACUGUGCUACAACUGCUGAUUAUUCAAUUAAAGAACGUAAUAAAGUACUGAAGAAGAAAGCAUCGAAAUUUUGGAAGUUAGAAACACUACGCAUUUCAGAUCCUGAUGAAAGAAUUACAGAGAAGGAAAAAGAUAAAGAAAUCGAAUCACGCAUUAAUGAAGCCACAGAACUGAUGUCUACAGCUGGGUUCAACCUUAGAGGUUGGAAAAGUAGUUUAGAUUUGAAUGAAAGUCCAGAAAAUGUGCUCGGUCUUCAGUGA